UUGUACACGUGUGCUUUUUAACUUCUUUCAAUAAUCUUGGAAAUUUAUAUGAAUCCUUCAAUGUGAUACCCUCUCAAUUUGCACAGCGAUCCCAUAAGCAUCCUCUCAGCUGAGCUUAUAGUAGGAGUCACUUUUGGACAUGCGACUCAACAAUAUGUUGUGCUUUUGAAAACAAUGUCAAAGCUGAUACACAACAUAGUGGGAAUUAUACUAAUGGUAAUUGUGGUAAUCCUGGCUCACCCACUGCCCUGCAGUGCAAAUAGUGCUCACUACUAUGGCAAAUCCCAUGGGCCUCGUCGGUACGACAGCGCCAAGAAAGAACACGCUCUUCUAAGAACGCAGUCAAACAGUUCGCACUUCGUGCACGACAUGGAAGCCAAUGAUCCCACCAAACUUUUUGAGAAGCUGGACAAAUUUGAACUGAAGAAGAAUCGAGUAAAUGAUGCUGCAAGGCGAUUGCAGUACGCCAAACAGAAAGAGAAACUCAUCUAUUGGCUGAACCAUAACAAUGGCAGCGGGCGGGAGCAGAAGGAGGAGUUGCGCUUGGCUGUGAUUCGGGAGAAUGCUCGUCAGUUGGAGCAACAGCAGCGCCGCAUUGAACGCAUUCAGAAUGAGGCCGCUGAUCGAGAGUUCGAGCGCAUGAUGAAGAUGAACCUCCACCAGGAUAGAACGGAGAAAGCUUUGCCGGAGCAGCGACCUCUCAAAGGUGCUGCCAAGAAAGACGAGGCCAAGAAGAGCGUGCUCUCCAAGUCUCUUAUGUUGUGCAAGAAGCCGAAGGUGAAAAGCAAAUGCCAAAAGCCAACAUUUACGACCACCACGGAGCGGCCCUAUACAGAAUCGAGCACGACUUGCCCUGCCUCAGCCAUUAAGAGUAUGGGUAAAGGUCACCAGAAAUCGCAGCUAAAGUGUGCAGAAGCCGAUCGUCUACUGCAAAUCACAAAGAGCAUGAAAAUACGUGCGCUUCUUAUCAUCAAGCAUCUUAAUCUUUUGGAAAUGGAGAUACUCAGCAGAAACAAUCCGGCCGGGGAUAAGGCACAGCCAAAAACAACGGCCAGGCCCACGACUGAGAGCACGACGAAGACAACGCCAACGGCUACGAUGGAGACGGCCUACGGCACAACAAAUCCAAGCACGGAUCCGCCGCCGCCGCCCGUCAAGUCUGACCGUGAAUCAAUGGGUGCAGGAAAGAAGCAGGAGCGACUCGAUAGGCCCACAGCCAUGCCAACAACGGGAUCGCCAUUCAAACACAGUUCCGGCUUCUAUUUUGGGUUCCGACCACCUGGAGAGGAGAACACAGAGGCAAAUAUGGCUGCAGCGUUAAGAGAAGAGCGCAAGCUGGAACAGAAGGUCCGUGAGGAGCUUCAAAUGCAGCGCGAAAGUAUGCGAUCGGAACGGCAAGAGCACAUCCGGCAUAGGCCACAAGAUAAACGGAAGCGAGCGCGUUACGAGGCAGCUCCACCGGCAGCAGCACGACUGGAACUUAUUAUAACAACUCCCUCAUCCAUGCAAAUGUGUUAUCCACGUGACGAUGGAAAUGGAGGCCAGAAGAUUCAUCGACCAAAGCAGCCAGCAGCUGCUGUAAAGAGUUCCGCCGAUAACUUAAAUCCGGGUAGCAGCCGAAAUCAGAUGUUGCUUCGUAAUGGCUUAGCGAGCUACCCAAUAAUUAAUUGGAAAAAAGCGGAGAGAAGCAAGAGAAUGAGGCACAAACAUAUGUUAACCAGCCCAAGACAUCAGACAGUCUUGGAAAAUUGCCUAAAGCCUCAAAUACAGCGACAUCAGAGAUAUUAUAACCGACCCAGACAUCGAAAGGUUUUUAAUAGUCCCAAUCUUGCAUUAAGCUGAUGUAUUUUAUAAUUAAUAUAUUUUCUUAUACAUAUUUCAAAA